ACCUAUUUUAUCAUGGUAUCCAAAAAACCAUCUCUAGGUAGGCUUGUUUAAACUAGCGGCGUAUUUUGUCGUUUAUGCAAGUGUAACUACUUCCAUCUCUCAACCCGUGCACGACAGGUUGCGUUCUACUCACCUCUCCAGUGAUGUUUACUGUUUGUCUAGCGACGAAGGAAUUGCGUUCACUGGGCGGUAGUAGAGUUGGGUGGUGUGCCGGUACCCUCUCAUGAUUGGAUACUUGUCACGGGUUGUUCGCUUUGCGCAUGCUGCUUGGUAUCAUGAGACAACGGCGUGAGUAUAAUCGUUAGUUAGACGUCGCGUUUCCAGUACUGGAAAUGACGCUGCUUUGGCUCGGGUUGUUUGUCUCUGUACUACUUUGCAAAAUCGAUCUGUCAUGUGCAAAACCCGGACAUGCCCAGUUUGACGAUUUCAGGAUCAAGAUAUCAGCCAGCAGCCCGUUGGCACGUCCUGGCUGGACAACUACGUUCAAGGUCCAACUGUUGGGAAAUAGUAAUAGCGAUAGCAGCUUGCGGUUUGUGUAUACAUUGUCGUUGAACGGUACCUCAUAUUUACGCAAAUGGAGUCGGUACCGAGCAAAGUUUACGUACAAAUGGCUGGAAGAUACGCCUGCUGGUCUCUGUGAAGUUCAACUAGCAGUGUUAUACCUUGACAAGAAAGAUGAAGUAACGCUGGUGGCGAAGAAAUCAACGCAGAUACUAGCGACACGGGCUAAACUGAGCAUUUCAAGCAACAGCCCUACUCCACCGGGCGGGUACACUCACUUUACGUUUGAAGUUGAAGACUCGUUGAGGACCUACUUCAUGUAUAACUGGAAAAUACAUUGCACCACCUGUGCGAGUGGCUUGGCUCAACUACAACAAGGCUCAGUCAAUGGUACAAAGAGCGAGGAUCUCCAGUAUAAGUGGAGUCCUGAUGCAGAAGUUGGAGAGUAUUUCAUUACAGUUGACGUUUACAUCAUUGGAAACAACGGAUGUGUCAUCACAAUUCCAAUUGAUUCGACUUCACUAACAUUUGAGCUAACUGAUAAAAUUAUUGCAAAUUUUGAAUUGCGAUACAGCGGGUCUCAAGACUUAAUAUGCCCUAGUUGUUGUGCGAUACCUGGAGAAUUUGACUUUUACUCUACCAUUCACAACCCGGGAGGGUUUUAUGACACCACUUCCCUAAUUUUUGAAUGGAAGUUUAACUUCCCAAAGAAAAAGAGUGAAGGAGGUUCAGACAACCGUCAAAAACCAAAACACGACUCUACUAACUCCCAGCAUCCAGGGAAACGAAGUAGUUACAAGGAAGGGGAAGAAGUUAUAACUCAAGAAGUGUUAUAUCCAGGGAGGUACAACUACACACUUGUAGUAACAGGGAAUGCUUAUGAAACUGGUGAGGAACAUUCUGGUCAAACAUCUGGGACAAUAUGUAUUCAAGAUCCUCUCAGUAAUGUUUGGUGUGAGAUGGAAGAUGAGAUAAGAGUACUAGAAAACAGUACAAUCAAGCUGUUUUCCAAUGGAAGCUAUCCUGUUCAAUACUGCAUAUCAACCUGUGACAAUGCAGAUAAAAUUUGUACUAGAUAUGUGAACUCUUCUGCCUCAAUCAAAGUCUUCUUUCAGAAGGCAGGAAAGUGUUUUGUCAAUAUAACAGCUGCAAAUAAUGUCAGCACUCGGUCAUCAAUGUGUAGCCUGUAUGUUUCAGAUGUGAGUGAUACAGAAACAUCGUCAGGACCAUCUUAUGCUGUUCCAGUUGUAGGAUCGAUUGCUUUUGCUCUUGUGGUUGUUGCAGUGCUAGUGGGAAUUCAACAAUACAGAGCAUACAAGAAAAGGACCACUGAAUUAACUUUUGAAUACAUCGACAGACCACCGGCGUACAACGUUGCAAACUUAUGGACUGGAGUUAAGUCCACUGUUCAAGGAAUGAUACAACGACCCCAGAAUGAGGAAAAGCGGCCAUUGCAUCCACAGCCCACCACUACUCCUCAGCAGUCUGACUACCCAUUUAAUUCACACAAUACUCCAUUCCAAAGCGAGAAUCCACUACCACGACCACAAAGUCCAAUGGCAAUUGUCAACCCAUACAAUCCGCCAAAUGAUCCGAUGCCACCACAGCCCAGCAAUCUCCUACCUCAACAGUAUCAUAUACCCCAACAGACUAAUGCAACUUCACCUCCUACAGCCCAGCAGCCCAUUUCUCAACCUCACCCGUAUAUUUCACCAGCUCAACAGCAAAGCAUUUCACAGCAACAGCACAGUGUCGCCAAUCAACAUGGCAACUCAACGAAAAGUCAUAGCCAAUCUGCUGACUAUCAGAGAGAAUCAACAGUAGAGAGGUCACGAGAUGACUCUCCGCCUAGACUAAUGCCAUGGGCAGACAGUUUUGUGUCUUUUGCUAGUUUUGGCACAUUUGCUCCUCCUCAGCACUAAAUUUUUGUCACCAUAUGCUUGCAGAGCAACAGAUUCCCCAAAUUUUAAGUUAUUUUCACCUUUUCCUCUGUACAAAUACCUCAUGGCACUCUUCGAAUGAUUUCUUUAAUUAAUAAAUGUAUGAGCAACAUGU